AAUGUUUGGUUUCCCAAUAUUACAUGUAUUUUUGAGCCGCCAUAUUUAUUUGUUACUAAUAGACAGUGUCGUUCUCCUGCCACGUAGUCAAAAUCUAUGAAAAAAAGGUUUUAUUAGAAUUAUUGAGGUGUUUAACAAUAAGUUGACCAUACAUGUAUUUGAGGAUUAUACGUCGCCGACAAUAAACAGGAAUUUAGAGAUACGACAAUGAUUGCAAAGGGCAAGCUAGAGGACUCUAAGGUGGGAUUCCAUACAAUGAUUGUACAACUUUUUAUGGAUAUUUUGCUGAAAGUAUUGCUGAUGGGAAGAAACGGGAAGAAACUUUACUCUCACACAUUUGGAAAAGCCGUCAAGGAUAAGCAUCUCACGAAAAUGCUAAAGCAAACGUUCAAUGAUGAAUCAGUGUCUGAAAUGCUGGAAGAUACCUUAAAAGAGAAAGGGGUUAAUGUGAGUAAUAUGAUAAAACAAGCAUUAAAGAAAGAAAGCCUUUUGGAAUGGCUUGAAGAAUUGCUUUUGGUUAAUAAGAUGCUAUGGCAAGCAAUCACUGACAGUGUUUUGAAAGUGCUACAAGACACCCUACAUAAGAAAGAAGUUAAUAAAAUGCUAACGCAAUUGUUUAAUGAUAAUAAAUGGCUUGAAAUGGAUAAACAAGCCUUACGAGUGUAUAUCACUCAUGGCCAUACGAAUGUCGAAGAAGCAACUAAUCAGAACAAUGUAAACGAAAAAAUAAGCUGUAUUGUCAUUAAACAAAUUGCAAAUACAGCUAAUUGUAAAUUCAAAAUAGAUGAAAGACAAGGCGUAAAUAUUUAUAAUCCAUUUAAAAUUGAAAAACUUGUGUGGAAAGGUUUUUAUAAUACUGGUAGUAAUUCAUAUUUCCAAGGCAAAUGUGUGUUUUUUAUUCCAACGUUUACAGAGAAUUAUAUGACAGUUGUAAAAAGUAUUUUACAUCAACAUCAAAUAUAUCUGUAUACUGAGAUGCAUAAAGAGGAGUUGAAACAAGGUGAAAACUGUUCAUUUGUAGCAGCGUUCGAACACGAAAACAACAAUACAAAACGAAAAUUAACAUUGCAACUAAAUGUCGUAACAUCUGACAUGUUUGAAUCUGCCAUGAACAAUGCGCAGAUGCAGUCAAUAGUAUUAACAUAUUCAAACAUAUUUCCUAGCGAUUGUCGGAUGUUCAUAGCUCUUCCUGUGUAUAAAGACGGCUUUAUCAACCGAAAAGAUCAAAUCAUCGCUGGUAUUAACAAUUAUAACUGAGAAGUAAAUCAAAGCACAGAAGGCGCUGAAUUUGUUUGGGUCUCAGAAUGUCAGAAAGGUGAAGGUUGUGAGAUUAUAAACCAAUUUGUUAUUGUAAAGUGCCACCAAUGCUUUCCAGCGUUUUAAUUACAGUAAAUUGGCUAUAAGACUAAUUUAAACACUGAUAUUUAAUCCAAUGUUUAUUUGACUUAAACAAUUUGAAAAAAAAUAGCUGCCUUAACUGGGAUUUGAACUCCAGACCUCUCGCUUCCUAAGCGAGCGCUUAGAAAUCUUCGACCAUUCGGGAAUCAUUUUGCUUGAAAAUUAAUGCGCCUGUCAUUUGACCAUCUUUAGGAAGUGAUCUCCCCUGAUUUUUUUCGGCGUUAGUUUACAUAUAAAGGGAAGUAACCGCUUCAAAAAAGCGGACUACUUUCGGCACUUGCAAUUAACAGCAUUAGAGUCUGAAAUUUCGCUACCAUUAUUUGUUUGGUCAAUUGUCAUUGUCAAUUUGUUUAGCUAAUUCAAUUGUUUCUGAAUAAAACAUUUCGUUUGAUUUUUUCUGUAUACCUGAACCAUUACUUUUGAUUGAAAUAUUAUUUUUUAUUAACAUGUAGACUAUUAUGUGAAUGUUUAAAUCUUAAUAUAAAAACUAACUGGCUUACUUUUGAAAUACGAGUAUCAAACUAUUUUUAUUUUACAUGCACAAAAGAGACUGUAAAGCAAUCAUAAUUUUUUUCAAAUAUCAAAUUUAAUUUUUAAGUUAAUCAAAAAAAAAGGUUAUAUAAGAGUGUUUUACGUUUUCAUAGAACUUGCAUGUUUUUUUAUACCAUUUUAAGGUUGCUAGGUGUUACACAUUUGAUUUAAAAACUGUAAUUCGGUGACAAUCAUCUGUAAAACACCAUCAUAAUAAAAAUGAUGUAUCCUAGAUCGAAACUAAAAGAUGCACCGAUGACACCGGUUGAAUGGACGACUUAUGAAACUGAUUUACACGAAAAAAGACUCUUAAUACUGUUUUUCAAGAUUAAGUAUUAUUAGUCUCCUUGUGGCUGAGGUGUUGCCUUUUAUGGUUGUUGGAUAAGAACUGCAGUCACCGUUUAUCCUCGUGUGAUCGUAAGAGGCGACUAAAUGGGUUCGAACAAUUGGAGUCUAUGCAUCUUUUAGCUCCAGCAGGUGAGAUUUUGACUUUGAAGUUUGUAACAUCCGAGGUUAGUCAAAAUCAUUUUUCCUUUUUCGGCGCCAUAUGACCUAAACUUUUUUGGUGCGCCAUUAAAACAAGAAAAAGAAAAAAGUAAUAUAGCUGAUAAUGGCUUAUAAAAAUAGUGGUUUUAUGCAAACGUACAAUAGUUAUAUCCAUUGAUCAAUUCUUUCCUUUUUUGAUUUCAGAAAAGAAUGAUUUUUAUGGACUUAAAAUAAGAAACCUAUAUAUGUUUGCAAUAUUGUAAUGAUCAUUGUAUUAUAUUGUGCGAAUAUUGAGUUUUCUUCUCUAUACUUUUAAAAUGUCAGUUGUUGUUAAUCUAAAUAUUAGACAUACACAAUUAUUUUUCAAUUAUUUAAAUUGACUCAUUGCUUUCUUUUUGACAAUGAUGAUGAUGAUGAUGUUGUUGUUGUUGUUGUAUUUUUUUUAAUAUUAGUUAGAACACCCUAAUGUAAAAUCAAGAUAAUUUUAUUAUUUGUUUUGUUCGAUUGAUUUAUUACCCAUUUUUUUUUAAAAAAGACAUAAUUAUUAUUAUUAUUUUGAAUUUUGGUUGAGUCCAAAAAUUUGAAUACAGCAGUGAAAAGAAAAAAAAACCGUAAAUAUAGCAAUCACGUUUCAACAUUUACUCUACUACGUUUUAACAUUUACUGACAAAACAUUCAGUCAAUAUUUUCAAAAAAUGUAACACUUUGCAUAUUAACAGAAGAUAAGAGUAUUUGAUAAUAAUAACAGAGUUUUUCUUGUGUCAUUUUUGAGUUAAUAUUUGUUCACUAACUCAACAGUUUUUUAAAUCCAACUUUUACACACUAGUUAAACAAGCAAAUCGAUUGUGCUAUUGGACAUUUUUAAAGUUAUUGUUAUAAUUAACUUAGAUAUUAAUAUACGUUUUAUUUUUAUCAAUGAAUUGAAAAAGGCAGUAUUAUAAAUACCAAACAAUGUUUAUAUAUAGAUCGUAUCAGGUGAUACAUAUAAAACAGUACAUAUUAGCAUAUUACAAAAUGUAUACAUAUUUAGAUUAAGGUGUAUGUCAUGAAUAUGCAAAUAUAUCAUUUAAGUCAUUUAAAGAUAGAAAUAUAUAAAUAUCGAAUACAUUUAAUCAGUACGAAAUCACAAAAAAAGAAAGAAAAAAGAAAGUAAUCAAUCAACACUUAAACAUUAGAGUCAAGUUAAGAUUAAGUUUACAUACUAAGUCAUGUUUCUUUCAUCCUUACCAAGGCGGGUUAAAUGAAAUUCUUAUGAUAUUGAACUUUCCCAUGUUUCAAUCUGGACAAAACCGGGAAGAUUCAAAAUAUUUAAAGACAGAAUAGGACCAUGAUCUAAUGGAAUGGCUUGCAAAUGGUUGCCGCUGUUAUGUCAAACAUGUACAUCAAAUCUGAAUAAAUUACUCAAUAAAUAUCUUAGUCAUACAGCAUAUUUGUAUAAGUCAUACAAAAGUGGUAAACAUAAGAUUAACCCUUUACCUCAUAUAUACGCGAAACAACGCACUUUCGACCCCCCCACCCUCUUUUAGGCCUCAAGUAGUGAAAAAAUGUCCUAUUUGGGCCCCAAACACACGUUUUCGUUUGAGAAAUGUUGCUAAAAAAAUGAGCACUUUUUCGACGCGGCCCUCCAUCAAAAAGGAUACAUCAGGGGUUGCCAGAAGGUGGAUGUGCCCCCUUCUGUUUGGGUUUUUUUUGGACUUGUGAGAGGCUAAAAAUGACCCCAGAUCGAUCAUAAGGUAACGUGUAACCAACGCUGAAAAGCCUUUGACUCUUUCUAAAUCCCUUGAGAAGUUGCAGCACUUUGAAACAAAUUUUGAUGAAAAAAAAGUCAACGCAAAAUAGUGAUUUUUGGCAAUUUUGCGAUGUCCCCUCGUUGCCAUGGUAACAUGAAAUUUAAGACAGAGCAUGUCUUUACAAAGACAAUGGUCCAGUCAACAUUUGUGUCAAGUUUGAUUAGUAUUGAAGCAUUUUUCAUAGUUUCAUUGCAGUUUGAUCUUGUAACAGGAGGCUUUUUAAUGAAAACGGCCAUUUUUCACAAUAUGCUCAUGAGGGAAAGGGUUAAUGUGGAAGGAUCUUGUGAGGUGGACUAUAUUAAGAAAUGACACGCCGGGCACCUCACUAUUCCGAGUGUCGCCAUUUGAUAAAAUUAUUUUUUAUGUUGAUUUAAUAUUUUGAUUAGUAAUGGUAAUCUAACCUUUUAAAUGCGGAUUGUAUAUUAUGGUACUCAUUACAUGUUUAUAACAAUAUAGAUCUAGCCUCCUAUAAGUCUUUGAAAGAAUGACCAUUUACAUGUAUUUUAAGUUUUAUUGAAUAAAUACUUGUAUUUUACAUGUAUGAACAUGUAUGUAUAGAAUGUGACUUAAACUAAUAAAUAUCAUUCGGAUUAUUUUUAAAUAUUAGUUAAUGUAACCUAAACCUUAUACAACUGUAUCAGUUCAAUACAUAAUACACAUGCAGUUCGAUAUACAAUUUUAACUGAUAAGUUAUCACUUUCAUUUUGUGAAAGUUAUAUACAUGUACAUGAAUUGAACCUAAAAUGUUUUUACGAUUUUUAAAGCAUAUUGUUAUUUCAUAAAUUGCAAUAAAUCGAUGCAUACGCUUUUUAAUUUCAUUUUCUUGUGAAACACCCGCGAUAAUUUAAACAUGUUUUAAAUAUACUCGUACAACCUGUUUACUGGUAGAUUUAUCUCCCUUCCUUCUUUCGGUUUAAUUUAAAUAUUUACACGUCGGGUUAGAGACAGGCAAUUAUAUUGAAAACAAACAAGAAUGAGUGUAACUAACCGCUUUUAUCUCAUUGAAGAAAAACUGUUAUUGCUAAAAGAAUAUUUUCAAGACAUAAUUGAAAAGUUGGACACUGCAACUGAUGUGCUGAAAAAGGUCGCUGAAUUUAUGUACGAAUCACAAGGAAAUUGUACAAACAAGCAACUUAUCCAAGCAUUGCUUGAUCUGUAUUCUAAAAUUGAGUCAAAGAAACAUGGUUUAGACUAUUUUAUUAACCUAGGACUAAGAAAUGUAGGUAAUGAACAUCUGACAGAAUCAAAAGAUCUUGUAAAUGAAUUAAGUGUUGAUGAUUUUACUCGACCGCUAAACGCGCCUCCUGUGGAAAAAGUCGAAAUCAUUACACGUGUUGGGCACGAGGGAGAAAAGAAUCCAACUGAAUUAGAAACUUAUCAGAAUACCAAUGAUGUAAAACACAUCGAAAAACCGACUCAAGAUUUGUUACAAAAGGUUAUACUGAGUAGAACACACGACAGAGAAACGAAAUAUACUGAUAAGAAACUCUUUGGAAGACAGAUUAAUCCUUCUUUGCUGUUUAAAGAAAUGAAAAUUGGUAACCUCUCUGAAGAAAACCAACGAAAAUAUUUGCAAAAUAAUAAAACUGUGCAAAGUAAAGGAAAUAUUGGCAAGUUUAAUGGUAUAAAAGCGUUUAAAUCCGUUGAACCAUUGUCUGCAACUUUAAAUUUUCGACUUGAAAAUGGCCGGCAAUCAAAUGAAAAGGGCAUUUAUAGAACAUAUUCUGCCAUCUUUCGAAACCUUUCUAUCACAGGACUAAGUGCUAAAAGUUUAACUCACACUGACACCAAUGCUCGAAGUGAGGCAUUUCUCGAAAACCACAACAGCAAUUUUGCGAAUAAUGCAAGUAAUAUUGUCAUGAUGCCCUGUGACAUAAAAGGAAAUUCUGACGAACUAGAAGAACUUAGACGCUUUCUUGCAAUGUCAACUAACAAUUCGUAUUCAGUUCAGAUACCUCAAGCCUUUAACUUGGAAUAUCAUGAAGAGCAGCUCCAGCUGGUAGUGGAUGUAACAUUGAACGAGCCUUCGAGGAAACCGCAUCAACGACGGUUCAUUUUCAGAAUGCAUGUUGUAACCUCUAAAAUGUUUGAGAAUGCGUUACAGGAUUGUCAGAUGCAAUCCCUGGAGUUGACUUACACAAAUAUAUUCCCUAGGGAUUGCAGGAUGUUUAUAGCUUUACCUAUUUAUAGGGACGGCUUUUUGGACAGAAAAGAUAGGAUUGACAGAGAAUGAGAAUUAAGAGAGUGAAAAGUGUACAUGGUGAUGUGUAAAAUGAUGUAUUUGUAGAAAGGGAAGUGUAUAAUGUGAUGUACAUUUGUAUUUGUAGAGUGGUAUUUACGUGAAGUGAAGUAUUGGUAGAUUGCUAUUCUUAAAAAGUAAGGUAAUUGAACAGAGAGAAUUGUCUUAAGUGAGGUAUUGAUAGAAUGGGAUUUGUAGAGAGGAAUUUGACAAAGUAAGGUAAUUGUAGAGCGGGAUGUUUUUGAAGUUAGGUUUUUGUAGAGUGGGAUUUGUGUAAACUGAGGUAUUGGUAGAUUGGGAUUUCUAUAAAAAAGAUAUUUGUAGAGAGGGAUUCGUAUAAAAUCGGGUUUAUGAAGUGGGACUUGAUCUAAUACAUGUAUUAAGAAGGUGUCAACUGAGCUACAUGUAAAGUGAGAUAUGAGGAAAAUGAGAUAUACUAAUAUUGGAAAUCAAAAUAUAAGAAUGUAUGUAAGUGCUUGGUUGGAUAAUAGUAGAGGUGAUACAAUGUUAUUUAUAGUAAGCUAGGUAUGUAGAAAGAUUCUUUGAUGGUAUGCUUAGGGACAGGCACGUAUUAUACGUAUUGUUUGUCACGAUCAGUACAGUGUUAUAUGUGUUGUGUGAUAUUUAAAGGCCCCUUAUGCCCAAGAAAGCCAUCAUUUUCAUUUCUCAAAAUAUGUUUAUUUUGUUAUUCUUUUACAGUUCCAAAAAUCAUACUGAUUUGCUAAAUACAUGAACUAUCUUGUGCACCUUAAGGUAUGUUGGCAACUGUUAAAAUUAUUGUUAAUUAGUAUUUUGUACAAAAUCAAUUAUCUUAACAUCAUUUAACACAGGUUUGACAUUUCAAAACUAUUAAAAUAUACAUAGACUUCUGAGACAUAAUGUGCCUUUAAUAAAACACUGAAAUGAAAUAAUGUAAAAGUAUUACUCCUUGUUCGUAUUGGUCAGCCAACAAAAUGCAAAGUUUGUUAAAUUAAUGGUGAAAAUGUUGGAACGAAAAAUAUGUCAUAUUAAGUUAAUAAAGUUAAUAAAUCAAAAUACUUGAACCACAGUUAUUAUUACUUUUUCUCAAGAAUGAAAGUUGAAAAUAAACAUUCAGUACAUGUUUUGUUAUCUU